GGAUACCGACUCAUAAUCAAAUAUUCAGUGAGGAUCCGGAGAAACAUUAAGGAACAUUGGGGAACGAUUUUUUUCUUUUUUGGUCUGUCCCUGAGGAUUUGUAUGGAUUUUUUUGUCCGUGUCUAUUGGGAAUUCUUGUAUGUUUUGAGUGCUUAAACUGUACUCGGGAUUUCUUUGGAAGUUUAGGUUGGCAUCCUUUCUAGGCUUGGGAGUUUCAUGUGGCACUUGUAGAGGGACCAACGGAGCCAACACACACACACACACACACACACACACACACACACACACACACACACACACAAACACGCGUGCACACACGCACCCAUACUCACACAAAUACGCACAAGACGAACUUCCCACUGGAAAAGGACAGCGCCAUCGCAAACCGCUCAGAAUGUAUCUUAGGUGCUUGCUCUUUUUCAUGAACAUCUCACUUUUAGCGCAUGUGUUGAUGGCUUAUGAAUGCACGCCAUGUGAUCUCCGGACAUGCCCGUUCAAAGUACCGCGUGCCUGCGAGAGCGGUCGGACUCUGGCCAAAGAUCCGUGCGGAUGCUGCGAUCAGUGUACCCGGCUGGAAUGGGAACUCUGUGGUGGUCAAGACUGGGCACUGGGUUAUUGCGCUUUGGGACUGACCUGCGCCCAUGUCAACCAGACAGGGCUAGUAAAUACCCGCAAUCCUGAUGCCGAAGUUGGAGUUUGUAAAGCUUUGCCGGAGUUCCCUGACGCAGGCCUGGAGGAUGAGCACUGUCCGUUGGUCAGUGGCUGUGACCGGACGGGAGGGAAGUGCGUCUGUGACUCCAGACACUCAUGCCUGACCUCCUUCACGUACCCCGACAAAGAGGCUUGUGCCCGGGCCGCCAAGUCAGAGGGGAGACGACAUGACCGUGAGCACCGUGAAAGGCACAGGGAGAAGUUUGUGGGCGUGGCCAACCCAGCCUGCUCCUUCUCUGGCUGCAACCUGACGGCGGACGGCUGCACCUGCCAGUCCCAGAGCUGCCACGACCACUUCACCUACCCUGACCGCAGCCAGUGCCAGCAGGCCGCAGAGGAGCUCAAGUGUGUGGGCAUCACAUGCCCACCGGUGGCGGUGCCCGACUGCCCUGGGGACUCGGUGCUGACGCUGGGCUCCACGCUGCCGGCCGCCUGCUGCCCCUCCCUUCCCCCCCGCUGCACCUGUGGCACGUGCCCCCCGCCCCCCCUCUGCCCUGCUGCCCAGAAGGCUGUGCCCCUCCACCAGGCCACCGGUGCCCCCGGCGACUGUUGCCACGACUACGAGUGCCAGAGAGUCUCGCCCAAAUGUUCUCACAAUGCCAAGGAGUACUCGGAGGGCGAGGUGUACCGCAUGGAUGCCUGCUGGCUGUGCCAGUGUCGUGGGGGCAUCUCCUUCUGCUCCAAGGCCGAGUGUGCCGAGCUGGACUGCGACAACUUCUACAUCCCUGAGGGAGAGUGCUGCCCUGUGUGCAUAGAUGUGGAGCUGUUGUCCCGUGACAGCACCAAGGCCAGCUGCUGGCUCAACCACAAGCUGCGGCAGCAUGAGGAGCAGUGGAAGGAGGACGACUGCACCUUCUGCCAGUGUGUGGACGGAGAGCCCCACUGCACUGCCAUGGCCUGCAAGCAGAGCUGCCAGAACCCAGUCAAAAUCCCCGGAGAGUGCUGCCCCUUCUGUGAAGAGCCCUCGUAUGAAACUGUGAGUCCACUCUUGUGUCCACCAUUGGAGAACUGUACCCUCUCUGGCGUGGAUUGUCCCUAUGGAUUCCAGCAAGACAACAACGGAUGCCUACUGUGCCAGUGUCUCAGCAAUGACUCCUGUCCAGACUUGGCCAACUACUGCUCGCUGGAUUGUCCCAUGGGAUACGAGAAGGAUGACUUUGGUUGCGAGGUGUGCGAGUGUAACCCACCUGUGCCCAGGUGUCGCCCUCUCACCUGCAGCAAGACCUGCCCUUAUGGAUAUGUAAGGAACAAGCAUGGAUGUGAGAUGUGUCGCUGUGUCAAGUGUCCCCCCUUCACCUGUGAUAAGCACUGCAGUGAUGGCUACCAGCAAAACAGAAAGGGCUGCAGUGUGUGUCUGUGCAAAGAGAGCUCCCAUGUGCCCACCACCUCCACCACCACCACCUCCUCCUCCCCAGCGCUGCCCCUGCCCAGCUACUGCCUCACGGCCAACGGGCGUCGCUAUGAGGAGGGUGAAAGCUGGCACGACGGAUGCCGCGACUGCUACUGCCACGCUGGCCGAGAGAUGUGCGUCCUCAUCUCCUGCCCCGCGCCCACCUGCUCCAGUCCAGUGGUGCGGCCCAACCAGUGCUGCCCCAGCUGUGAAGAUGAGUCGGGUAGUGGGCAGCCGGAGGGCAUGGACCUGGUGGUGUGCCGAGCCCCUGGAGGGGAACUCUACGUGGAGGGGGAGACGUGGAACCUGGACGAGUGCACACGCUGCACCUGCAGGAAGGGCCGGGUGCUGUGCGACACCGAAGUCUGUCCCCCCGCCCUGUGCCAAUCACCUACCAGGAACAAAGACACCUGCUGCCAUGUCUGCCCAGAAGACAAGCUCAAGCCCCUCCUCCCAGUCAACGGCAGCCAACAGGAGUACUGCAUCUCCAGCGACGGAGACGUGUUAUUGGCCGGCGACUCGUGGAAGGCCAACGCCUGCACCAGCUGUACCUGCAGGAAUGGCAGCAUCCAGUGCUUCUCCCAGCGGUGCCCCCCUGCCAAUUGCCGGGUGCCCGUUCUCCGCAAGGGACAAUGCUGCCCACACUGCCUGGAGGCUACAACGACUUCGGUGCCAAUUCUUUUCUCCACCACAACAACCACACCUCAGACAUCCAUCAGCUCCACCACCCAAAGCAGUGUGGCAUGGGUCACCACGGCAACAGUGCCACCUAUUAUUACAUCAACAGACGGAAAGGGCUUGAGUGAAGGAUCCCCGACUCAGACUGAGAUGGCCCUGAUCUACCAAUCAGCAGCGUGGAUCUUGGCUGGCCUCCUGUUUGCCAUUGUCAUCUUCCUGGUCGUGGCGCUCCUCAUCAACAAAAAGAAGAAGUGGGUGCAGAUGUCCUGCUACAGCGCCCCCAAAAAGACGGUGAUUCUCAAGAAGCAUGUGAACAAGAACUCAGUGGUCUACAUGGAACCGUCCAAGGAGAACAAGUUCCAGAGCGUGAAGAAUGACUGCGGCAUCAACUUCUCCACAGACAUGGGAUCUCCUUGUGGGGACCGAGGGAUGAGCAUCCCUCGAGCCAAACUCUGCAAUGGACAUGGGAAGGUCCAGCGCUAGGGCCAAAACAAACUAAACACACACAUCACACUUACACACACACCCAUACACACUACCCAAUCCCCACAUAUACAUUGCCACAGUGUGUGGCAACACAUGACUGAACUAUGUGUUUUCAAGUGGUCACACACACACACACACACACACACACACCCAGAGGUGUCUCAACACGAAACACUAACAGAUCUCUGUAUGGAUUCUUUCCCUUUUCACUGGAGACAAGGAGACCAUUUUGCAACAUGUGAUGAUGCCUAUGACUACCGUGUUACCUUUCCCCCACUUGGAGCUUUAACUUGCAUCCCAGAUACCUGAGAGAAACAUGGCGGAGCCGUGCUCUGCAACAUAACAUGCCAAGGGUGCCAUCAAACAUGCUGUGUCUACAUUUGAGAGAGGAAAAACUGGAGGCAAAAUGUUUAACAAGCCAACAUAGAGGGCUUUGACUGAACACCACUGACUUCUGAAAGACAACAGUCAACAUUAUGAAUCGAUACAUAACAAUGUUGUCUUGUGGGAGGAGGAAAAGAUUUAGGGCAGGUGUUGGAUUCUGACAGGGCUUAGAGAUCUGCAUCUGGCUUGUGAGGCUGUGACCUACUGGAAUUGGACAUCUCACAGCUAACUGGCUAAUGCUGUACGCAGCAUAGCACACUGAAGGACUUGUAAUAGAUGACCAUAAUUCCUAAAGGUUCAAUCACAGAAGACCCUGAAAAGCCCUCAAGAAUGGAUUCCUUAAAUAACCUCACUUCUCUUAGAGGAGUGGAGUCCACCUUACCAUUUUUAUAUACAUAUAUCUCCACUUGUAUUAUUCAGACAUAUUAUUUUUAGUCACGUUUAUGCCUUUGUUUUGGCUAUCUCCUUAGUGGUGAUAUAAAACAACUGAAACUCUAGACUAAACAUCCCUACGAGUAAGAUUUAUGAGGUAAAACCAAAGCCUGGCUUCUUUGAGGGGGGUUUGAGAUGAUGUGUUUAGGAAUGGAUCAGUCUUGAUUCUGGACUGGAGAAGUUCAACCAGGAUUCGGAUCUGCUCUCUGAGAGCAAAUAUUUUGGCAUCUGAGCAGAGGGGAAGCAUCGACUGUCACUCAUCUGCCAGUUCUACUGCGCCUCACCAAUCACACUGAUUAAAGGGUGGGGUUGGAGUUUUUCUUAUCGCUUUUCCCAAACCCUAAGACUAAUAUCAUUGUCAUCUACUGUAUAUGUCAUUACUGAUGCCAUAUACUGUUCUCUUGAUUAUUUCUGAUGAGUGUAAAAGUUAUCAGGAUGAUUAUUUUAUUGUUGUUGCUUAACAUGAAAGCGGGACCAUAGGACUCGUGAUGACUCCCAGUGGAGGCACGACUGUUACAUCACUAAACUACAACUAUCCAAAUGAAUAAUAACAAAAUAUGGCAUCUGCCAUGGCAUGACAAUGGAAUAGUUACGUCAGUCUUAUGGCAGAGGGUUCAUGUGGAUUCUCUAACUUGGAUGACCAUAUAUACAGAGUAAAUAUACGGACUUGGUGGUCUGCAAACAUUGAGUCUUUCAAAACUGGUUGUGAUCAAGCAUCAAACUCCACUAAAUGUGCCAAGUGAUCCAAUGUUGUGAUGUGAGGUGGUGUUGGCUUGCCGUUAGUCCAUUUUCAAUUCAUGCGUGAAGGUCACACGGUGCUCUGUUUUCACAGGCUGGAGAUGUGAGGGUGCAAGUCCUUAUUGCAUUAUUUGGAGACCUUUUAUGAUGGAAACUAUAUAAUAGAAACAAUGAACUUGACUACGGAUCAGAUGCUUCAAUUAAAAGAUGCAAAAGUUUGGGGCUGUGAGAGGGGAAAAAAGUCCCCCAUGGUCAUCUCUCGUAAGAAGAUGACAAACCACUUCAACAAUCAAACUGAUUCACAGCAGCCGGGCUUCGUAGAAGUCAAAGAAGCCCAAAGAAAGCCUCCCCACAACCCCCGUUUCUCGCACUAUUACACAACCACCUCUGUUAAGAAUAGUACAGUUCUGGAACUGAUUUGUUGGUUGCGUCACCGGUGUCUCAGUACCAAGUGUGUAUCGAUGCCAAAAUAAAGGAGGGGGAUGUGUAUGAUAGAUAUACACUCAGUCAAAUGGAGCUGAAAAACGUGCAGUUUGUGCCUGUGUGUGUGUCUCACACAAACUCAGCAUAGUCUCAGUUCAAUGACAGUUUGAGUGUUUUGAGAAGUGAAGAGGGAAUCUUUAUAACCUUCUGCAGUUUGUACUUCCUACAUGUAAAAAAGAUAGAUAAACAAAGUAGACGAGAGGAUAUCUUAUUUAUUUUUUUCACAUAGCUUUAUUUAUUAAUACUAAACUAUAGUUUGAAUUAAAAGUAAAAAAGGUGUUCUUUUUUGUAUUUGGCAAAGGAUUUUGGUAGCCAAAGCUGCUGUACAUUUUAGAUAUCGUAAACCAUUUCCCCCAUCUUCCUCUGCUUUGAUAUUCCAGCUUAUUUAUUUACUUUUCUUGGCAAACUGUAAAUACCUAUUUCUUAGAUGUUGAACUGUAACAUUUACACUUAUUUUGGAAAAAUAAAGAUGCGUGAACA